UGGGUGGUGGCGGCCGCGGGCCGGGAGCGCGGCGGGGCCGGGAUGUGGCGGCGGCUGCGGGUGCUGAGGGAGAGCGGGCGGAGAUGGCAGCACCACCCUGCUAUCCAGGUGACCAACGAGCCCAUCCUCGAGUUCAAGCCGGGGAGCCCCGAGCGAGCGGCGCUCCAGAAGGCCCUCGCUGAGCUGAAGGGCAAGACCGAGGAGAUCCCGUGUGUCAUCGGUGGGGAGGAGGUGUGGACACCCACGGUGAGGUACCAGCUCUCGCCCUUUAACCAUUCACACAAGGUGGCCAAAUACUGCUAUGCCAGCAAGGAGCUCAUUAACAAAGCCAUUAAUGCUGCCUUGGCAGCGAGAAAGGAAUGGGACCUGAAACCCGUGCAGGACCGGGCGCAGAUCUUCCUGAAGGCAGCUGACAUGCUGAGCGGCCCGCGGCGAGCAGAAGUGCUGGCCAAGACCAUGGUCGGGCAGGGCAAGACCGUGAUCCAGGCUGAGAUCGACGCCGCUGCGGAGCUCAUCGACUUCUUCCGCUUCAACGCCAAGUACGCGCUGGAGCUGGAGCAGAGCCAGCCCCUGAGCGUGGACAUCAGCACCAACUCCAUGGUGUACCGGGGGCUGGAGGGCUUCGUGGCUGCUGUGUCCCCCUUCAACUUCACGGCCAUUGGGGGGAACCUGGCAGGGGCUCCAGCACUGAUGGGGAACGUGGUGCUGUGGAAGCCCAGUGAUGCAGCCCUGCUCUCCAGCUACGCCGUCUACAGGAUCCUGCUGGAGGCUGGGCUGCCCCCAAACGUGGUGCAGUUCGUGCCCUCUGAUGGCCCCGAAUUUGGGGACACGGUCACCAGCUCCGAGCACUUCUGUGGUCUCAACUUCACCGGCAGCGUGCCAACUUUCAAGCGCCUCUGGAAGCAGGUCUCAGAAAAUCUGGAUCGUUACCGAAACUUCCCACGCCUGGCCGGAGAGUGCGGGGGGAAGAACUUCCACGUGCUGCACAGCUCGGCCGACCUGGGCAGCGCCGUGAACGGGACCCUGCGCUCGGCCUUCGAGUUCGGGGGGCAGAAAUGCUCCGCCUGCUCCCGGCUCUACGCGCCCGCCUCGCUGUGGCCCCACAUCAAAGAGAAGCUGCUGGAGGAGCACGGGAAGAUCAAAGUGGGAGAUCCCACCCAGGACUUCGGGACGUUCUUCUCGGCGGUGAUCGAUGACAAGGCCUUUGCCCGGAUCAAGAGGUGGCUGGAGCACGCCCGGAGCUCCCCCAGCCUGACCAUCCUGGCGGGCGGCGGCUGCGACGACAGCGUCGGGUACUUCGUGGAGCCCUGCAUCGUGGAGAGCAGGGACCCCCGGGACCCCAUCAUGACAGAGGAGAUUUUCGGGCCGAUCCUGACAGUUUUUGUGUAUCCCGAGGAUCGCUACAAGGAGGUGCUGGAGCUCAUCGACACCACCACCCCCUACGGCCUCACGGGGGCGAUCUUCGCCCAGGAGAAGGAAGUCAUCGAGGAGUCCCGGAGGCUGCUGCGCAACGCCGCCGGCAAUUUCUACAUCAACGACAAAUCCACGGGGGCUGUGGUGGCCCAGCAGCCCUUCGGGGGCUCCCGCAUCUCAGGCACCAAUGACAAGCCCGGCGGUCCCCACUACAUCCUGCGCUGGACGUCCCCUCAGGCCAUCAAGGAGACACACGUGCCCCUGCGGGACUGGCGCUACGCCUACAUGCAGUGACCCUGGGGACACCCAGCCCUGGGGUGACAGCUGCCACCCCUCACAGCACCAAAACUACUGAGCUCUAACCUGCCCUGCUUAGGAACUAUUUAAAAAAAAAAAAAAAAAAAAGGAAGAAAAAGGUGUUAUUAAAUUGUAAAGCUUGGAGGUCCUCGUGGUUUCCUCGGUCACAUGGCACUUGGGGACACGAUGGUAAAUGUGGCAGUGGUUAGAUUUAAUGACCUUAAAGGUCUUUUCCAACCCCAGUGAUUCUGUGUGAGCAUGCUUAAUUAGGUCAGUUGUUAAUUAAGGGGUGGCUGCAGAGGCAUAGCUGGACUCCAGCUCCCUUUCCCUCCCACUUCUCCCAUCCCCAGAAUGGUUCCCUCUCCACAGGGCUGAGCAGGAAUCAGAGCAGGACAGGAGAUCAGUGUCCCUGUCCCUUGGACCCCAGGUCUCCCUGCACCAGGGGAGCUGGGCUGGUUCUACCCUGAUCUGGCAUUUCUCCCCACCCCUGAGCUCCUCACACCCCACAGGAGCUGGGCAGGGCAGCAGGAACCUGUGGUUUUCACACUGUGGUGCUGCUUGGAAAUGAGCUCCAGUGCCUUAUCCCAGCUUCACCCCAUCCCUCAAAGCCCUUGUCCUGCACGGGACGCCCCAGCUGGGCUCGGGGGGGGCAGAGGAGCAGCAGCCCCCCCUUGGUGCCCUGGGGAAAAGGCCAGGCUGCCUCUGGUGUUCCCAUCUGGCUGCUUCCCCUGCUCCCAUCCCUGUGUGUGAUCUGGGAGGAGUGGGAGAGGUGUGGGAUAUUUGGGGAGCAGGACCCAUCCUGCUGGAGCUUCCUGGGGGGGUGAACCUUCCCUCCCCAGCCCUGGAGGAGCAGGAGCUCCAGGACCCUCUUCCUUCCCAUCCUGGGGAGCUGCUGUCCCACCCUACCCCAUCCCCAGGGCUCUGCCAGCUGCCAAGAUCAGGCCUUAAAUCAGGUUUAAUUUGGAGUUAAACCUGCCUUAAACCAGGCCUGCCCCUCAGCCCCUCAGGGCUCGGUGGUUGGACUGCAGUGCCAACAGGGAAAGGGCUCUGGACCACGAGGCCCUGCCUCCUCCAGGCUCAGCUCUAAUUCACAAAUGAGUUUGUUUCUAACCCCUAGGAUUAAUUACUGCUCAAUUAACAGGGUUUGCAGGUGGCUGGAGCCCUGGCAGAGCUGCUGCGAUGAGCACUGGGUGUUGGGGUCAGUGGUGACACUGUUCAGGGCAGGAAGGAGUGGCUGCAAUUCCUGUGGAUCCUGGCUCAGCUAGAAAAAUGUGCAAUAAAAUAAUUUUCAAGCCUCUC